CUGGAGGGAGAUGGCUGUCUUCCGGCUGGCGUUGCUGCUGCAAGUUGGCUUCGUGAUCGCUCACGGAGGAGGAGGAAGAGGAGGCGGCGGCCGGACGCACCGCGGCCACCGGCUGGCGCAUCUCCGCGGGGAGGCGGCUCAGCUGAGGCCGAGCGACGCCGUGGCCGAGUUCCUUCACACGGGCGACUCCGGCGCCCUGAAGCGGGCCAACUGCUCGCGGAGGUACGAGCUCGCCUCACUGCGGGGAAGGGCGCCAGGGAGUCCGCAUGGCUCCGUACUGGAUGUGGUGAUGCACGCCAGCAACUUCCUCAACAUGGUGCUGCAAGCCAACAGGUCCAGGGAGCAGAGUCUGCGGCGAGACGUGGAGUGGUACCAUGCCCUGGUCCGGAGCAUCCUGCUGGGGGACCCCGACAUCCACCGGGCCGUGGUCGCCUUCGCCCCCGACGAGUCUCACGCUCCUCCCGGGCCUUGGGUGCACCUGCAAGCCACUAGGGCCGGGGGUGAGAUUGUGCUCCAGGACACGGGUGGGCAUCACCUGCACAACCGCACUGCAGAAACCGAGUGGUUCCACGGCUUUAAGGACAGGAAGAAGCUCACAUUCCAUAAAAGGGUUCUGAGCCAAGACUUCACAUCGGUGGACAAUUCCCUGAGGAGAGGAGAAAGUUUCAUCCCGGACAAGACUCACCUCAGGUGGUCUGCGCCCUACUUGGAGUGUGAAGAUGGCAAUCUUGUCCCUCCUUGGCUUUUGACCUUAUCAGCUGCCUUCUAUGGCCUCAGGCCCAACUUAUCUCCAGAAUUCCGGGGCGUGGUGCGAGUGGACAUUAAUCUCCAGGAUGUUGAUAUCGACCAGUGCUCCACUGAUGGCUGGUUUGCUGGAACCCAUGGCUGCAACCUGACCACUAUGGAGUGUUUGCCGAUGCGCGGCCAUGGCUUCGUGCUGGACAAGUACAAGUGUGUCUGCAGGACAGGAUUCUACCAUCCCAGCCGAGUGGCCGUCAGCGGCGUCACCAGGGCGGGGCCAAAGGGGACGGUGCCAGACAGCGGGCCCAAUGCGGACGAGGCGUCCUCCAGCGACUGCCUGCCGUGUCAGCCCGGCUGCGCCUUCUGCAAGGACGACACGCCGUGCGUAGCGCGUGAGGACGACGCCCUGCGCUUAGCCGUGCUCUCCUUCCAGUCCCUGUGCAUGCUGGUGGUCUUCAUAAGCAUGGUGCUCGUCUACCACUUCCGCAGGAACAAGAGUAUCAGAGCGUCGGGCCUCGUCCUGCUGGAGGCCAUCUUGUGCGGCGCUCUUCUUCUCUACUUCCCGGUUGGGAUUCUUUAUUUUCAGCCCAGCGUGUUCCGUUGCAUCCUGCUGCGCUGGGUUCGGCUGCUGGGCUUCGCCACUGUCUACGGCACGCUCACCCUCAAGUUGUACAGGGUUUUGAAGGUGUUCCUGUCCCGUACAGCGCAGAGGAUUCCCUACAUGACCAGCUGGCGAGUGCUUCGUCUGCUGGCCAUCAUCCUGCUCAUCGUCUGCUGGUUCCUUGUGGCCUGGACGUCGGCCGUCUGCCAGAUUGCCGACAGGAAGUCGGCGCUCAUCGACGUGGGCUACACGCCCGACGGGCUGCAGUUCAGCAUGUGCCUGCUGGACCACUGGGAUUUCAUGAUGGCAGUCGCUGAGUUCCUCUUCCUGCUUUGGGCGGUGUACCUGUGCUACGCCGUGAGGACGGUGCCUUCUGCGUUCCACGAGCCUCGCUACAUGGCCAUCGCCGUCCACAAUGAGCUCGUCCUGUCCGCAAUCUUCCAUGUCCUCAGGUUCACGCUGGCCCCCGAGCUCCACCCUGAUUGGAUGCUGCUGCUGUUCUUCACCCACACCCACCUGACUGUAACGGUCACGCUGGGCCUUCUUCUCAUUCCCAAGUUCCUGUUUGCCGGCGCCCACAUGCGAGACGAUAUAGCCUCGGAGGCCUACGAGGAUGAGCUGGACAUGGGUCGUUCGGGGUCCUACCUCAACAGCAGUAUCACCUCAGCCUGGAGCGAACACAGUCUGGACCCCGAGGAUAUUCGGACGCCAGACGAAACGGGCCCUCUCAGUUCUAUUAAUGGCUGUGGCGUAAGAUCAUGCGACAGUCUUUGGGAAAAACGUACCAACGAGGAGCUGAAGAAGCUCUACUCCCAGCUGGAGAUCUACAAGAGGAAGAAGAUGCUGGCCAACAACCCUCAUCUCCAGAAGAAGCGCAGCUCCAAGAAAGGUCUCGGUCGUUCGCUCAUGCGGCGCAUCACAGAGAUUCCGGAAUCUGUGCACCGCCAAUGCAGCCGGGAGGAAAAGGACGUCGGGGAACACACCGGAAACCGGAACAGCAUCUGCGUGCUAAAGAAGAACCCGUUUGAUCAGACGAUGAAGCCUGUCAAGGAGGAGACGCUGAAGAACAAGAUGUUCUCCCUGAAGAAGUCUCACAGUAGCUACGACCACGUCCGCGAUCAGAGCGAGGACUCCAGCAGCUCUGCCACAGACAAGAUGGAGGUGAUGGUGGCUGACGGCUCCCUCCUGGACACCUUGAUGGGGAAGAAGCUGGUCAAGAAGAAAUCCAGCGAGAACCUCGGCGCUCCGAGCGAGUCCACAGAGUCGGUGCCGCUGGUCUGCAAGUCGGCUAGCGCCCACAACCUCACCGCCGACAAGAAGCCCCUUCAUCCUCGCGCGUCAAUGCUGCAGAAGUCCCUCAGCGUCAUCGCCACCGCCAAGGAGAAGACGCUAGGCUUGACAGGGAAGACUCAAAGUGCCGAGGACGGCAAUAAGAAGCCCAAGAGCGCUGCAGAAGCGGAGAACGCCACUAAAGGCAGAACCGAUCCAGUCAAGGGAAAGGAUCUGUACGAUCUGUCCGAGGUGUGUCCCUGGGAGGUGGAGGACGUCCCGACACCUUCGGAAAACAAGAUCCAAAAGCAUGUGUCCAUUGCGCCCAAGGAGACCACCACCGUGCACGGGGGGAGCACCAAAGGAGGAAAGUCCCAAAAGCAGAAAGUCACAGAUUCGUCUCCAUCCGGCGUCAGGCAGAGGACACCUCGAGAAGAGGUGUGUCCCUGGGAGGACACAAACCAGGUGGAAACGUCAACGCAAGCUGCGAAGACCAACAGAGAAGACGUCUGCCCGUGGGACUAUGGCGAGACCACAGAGACUUGUCCGGCAGCCAAGCAAAGAAAAGGCGCCUCGUCUCCGGAAGCCAGGAACAUUUCUUCCAAAGCUGAAGUCUGUCCCCGGGACAACCCUGCAUCCCCCAACACCGAGAGCCCUCAUCGGAGCUCCAAACCCAAGGAGUCCCCUUCAAAAAGGAGAACACUUGAGAGAGAGAAGGAUAUGUCAAAAGACAACAAGGACGAGAAAAGUAGAACAAAAGCGAAGGACAAGAGUAAACCAUCCGAGAGCCAGCAGAGAUUAGCCGAGGUUUGUCCCUGGGAUAUGGACAGCCAUCAGGAGGUGGCGGCCGUGGAGAAGCGGAAGAGUGCCAACGUCGGAGCAGUCAAAGCCAAGAAGGCUGAAGUCUGUCCGUGGGACUUCGAGGACACGUCAGAUAAAAAAGACAAAUCUUCUACAGGGAGGAGGAGCGCUCUCAAUGCUGGCCCAGUCCCAAAAACGGCCGAUGUUUGUCCCUGGGACUUUGAGGACAAGAAAGCGUGACACUCUGCUGACGCUCUCGCUGUCUGUGUCUUUUUUUGGAAAACACUUCAAUCUUACAUUUUCCUAGCAGUCGGUGACUCGGAUGAAAUUCAGUUCCACAAAGUUGCCUUCCUUUAUGAGCUUUUUGGUUCGGGUCAUUUUGACGGAUUUUACACACACAAAAAAACAAGAUGGCCGCUAUGACGAUGACGAUGAUGAGCAUUCCAGUUGACUACAGGGACAACCUGGGACAAAUCUUAGACUAAUUAUGCAACUUUUGAUUCAGCCUUGUCACUCAAUUAGCAGUCACAUUAUGGGAAAGGAAGAGAAGGACGCUGAAGCAAAAGCCAAAGAAUACGGCAACCGAGAAGGACAAACUUCUCAGUGAGGAAAUCAGUCUGAAGCACUUUAGCCAACUCCAUUAGCAGACGACGCGCUUCUCUUCAUCUUCACACCUUCCUCUGCUCCUUUUUCGAGAUCGAUUUAAUUGUAGUCCUCCGAGUCUGCGACGGAAGACGUACUGUAUGUGCCUGAGUAUAAGUAAGUAAGCAUAGUCUCGUCUUACGUCUACAAAAGUGAAUAAUAUAAAAGCAGCGUGCGCGGAAGCCCGUAACUAUGCUAAACAUUACACAACCCUUUAUUGUCAACAGUUGUUGUGUUACUUUGUGUUUUACAAACAGUAGAUUCCAGGCUAUUCACUAAUUCCCAAACUCCCCCAAAAUGGGACCUGAAAACCAAAAUGGCCGACGAUCUGUGCGUCUUUCUGGAUAUGGUCCUUGACUCUUGCAAGAUAUGGUAAGUUUUUGAGUUUUAAAGCCCUUAAAAAGGUUUUAGUUGGCAAAAUAAUAAGAAGAAAUUCAAUAUUUACCAAUAACGCAAAGAUGUGGAUGUUUUGUUCAGAUAGUUUAUUAGCUAGCAUAUAUAAAUUGACCUACAUUGAAUUUAAUUUUUAUUUUGGGAAACCCUGGUCUAGAGUAUCAAAAACAAGCUUUUUUAUUGGUGUAAACCCCUUGAAAAGUGAGGAUCAACUGUAAAAAGUACAGUUCCCAAGUCCAGUCUUGUAAUCUGACUACUUCACAGUUAGCUUGUGUUAGCAUUAGCCUCGCAACCCUACUAAAUCAGCUAAAAGAAAAACACAGCUUUCAAAUCACAAAUCUCUAUUCCAGUGCGAUAACAAAAGUUAACUUCGGAGGAAUUUAAUGAGAAUCUUCCCCCCGUUUUUUCUUUCUUUUGUGUGUUUAUUUGUUGAAAAUGUAGCAUUGCUAGCAGUAGCAGGUUUCGACUUAGCGGUGACUGAUAGAACUAAAACCUUCCGAAGGUUUUGCUUUGUGCCACGUUUUGUAUCGAAAUGUCGUUACUGCUCGUUACACGCUCAGUCCGUGUAGUCAAAGUUGAACAAUAACCCGACAACAGCUACCGUUGACAAUGUCUUGUGUGCGAACGUCGUCACUGAAUGUCGUCACUGAUUAUUUGUGAUUGUCCACUUGGUCGUAAUCGAUGUCGCUAUACUCAGCGUUCGAGCUAAUCAAAUUGACUUUUAGUUUUCAACUCAUGAGAGUCCAGAAAGUAUCCGGCAUUAGUAUUAAAGGGUUUAUGAUUUUUAAAUUUGAGUCUUAGGAAGCACUGCCACGUUGAAUUUUACUGCCCUGACGAUGACUAAUUAGCUGUAUGUUUUAUAAACAAGUAGCCUUUGUUGUCCUUGCUGGGAAUAAUGGUUUUAAAUCAGACAUUUUUAAUUUUUAUCUUCAUUUAAAUGUAUUUAUUUGCUUGGAUUAAAUCUGUCAUUCCAACAUGAACUGGUUGGAAUUCAGAGUGUUUUAUUAAAAAAAGAAAAAGAAUGCAUGGCAAGAAAUGUUCCCAAAAACAAACAUUCCGGUGCCAAAAAUUACAGGCGUUUUUGGUUGCAAAAUAAAAUGAAUAUAAAGCCAUUAAAAUAUGACAUUUCAUCAGGAAAUAAUAUGCAAUUAAAUAUAUUUUAAAAUAUUAUUAGGUCAUGAAAAAUGUAAUUCAGUUAUUUAAUAAAUGCAUUUUUGAUUAAAUAAAUAUAAAUCUUAUUUCACAAUAUAACCCAUGGACAAUUUAACAAAUUAUUUUACACUUUUAAUUAACAUUUUUGACCAUGUUAUUGUUUAAUCGACAUGCUAUUUGAGAAGUGUGUUAGACAAAGAUAUAGUACCAUGUGAAUAAUGUAUCAUUAUUUUGGAUUUAUUAUUACAAAUAUUAAAGAUGAGAAUACUAUAACAACUUUAAUUUAAUUAAUUUAAUUUUGAUUCUCGGGGUGGACGAUUCGAAUCAGAAUCGAUCUUGAUUCAAAUCAAUUCUCGCAACAUAUUUGGUAUAAAAUGUAUAAUAAAACCAUUUAAAACAGGUUACAAUAUUUUUGAAAAUAUAUACUUACAAAAAUGUUUUUAUUCUUUAUCGUUUUUUUUGUUAGUUUUUUUCAACAAAUAAGAAUGUGAAUGUUCAAUUCCGAUUCCUGGUGUGACUAUUCGAUUCAGAAUCAAUUUUGGCAAUAUGUUAUUUGGUAUAAAAAUGAUAUUAAAACCUUUCGUUACAGGUUACAACAGCAAGAUAUGUCUUUUUAAAAGUAGAUUCUUUAAAAAAAAUUGUAUAUUUGAUAUAUAUAUAUACUUUUUUUUUUUUCUUUUUUAUUUUUUUUUUUUUCAAUUUAUAUAUAGUAACUGAUUUUUGAAAAGUAAAAAUCCAUUUACAAUCAAAAUAAAUAAAAAUGGGUAUUUGGAUAAAAUACAAAUUAUAAUACAACCUUCCAAAACAGGUUACAGGUUACAAUAGCAAGGAUUUAAAAAAAAAAUGUGAUUUUUUUUAUUUUU